AUCAUUUCUUGAUUAGUUCAAUUUGCUUGUGUCACAAUCAGUGGAUGAAUCAACAAUUCAUAAUGAAUAAGUUUACGUUGAUUGUUAUAAUUAGUUCACUUUUAUGUUCAUUUGAUUGUAUCAAAAUUUCAUUUUCCUCUUGUGGUGGAGAAGCAUCUGAACUACGAAUUGAUGGUUGUCAAAAUAAUGUCGAACCUUGUGUUCUGCCCAAAGGUAAAACGGCUCAUAUUGAGGUCGAUUUUGUGGCUCCGUUUGAUUCCGAUUUUGUUUACGCUGAUGUAAGUCGACAAUCGGACACUUUGUCAAUCGCUAUUCCAAUUCCACUGUUUGAUCGUGACGCUUGUACGAACCAUGGACUAACCUGUCCACUCAAAAAAGGUCAAAAUUACACUUAUGUUUACGAUUUUUAUGUUGACCCUUUACUGCCGUCAAUUAAAGGCAACUACUUAUUAUCACUGUCCACAUUUUGGGGCUACGGUCUUGGUUGUAUUAGUAUUCCUAUGGAAAUAUCGAGCAGUAAUACAACUGAUUUACUUGGUUUAUUUGGUAAUCGAUUGUCGGUCGAUUAAAGUUUCAAGUUCCAAUUGAUUUGAAGAUUUUUCGCGAAAAAUCCAUUCAUCUAAUAUAUCACAGUGUCCAUUUCUUUUGUGUGUAAAUAACAAUAAUAAUUAUUCUCUCCUCUUUUGGUGAAACAUUUUCUUUUACAAAUAAACAGUUAAUUCGAAAUAAAAAUCAAUCCAAUAAUUUUACGAUCUAAAUGAUAACCAACCAUCAAUCGAAAUUGAAAAUAUUAAACGUCUCGAAUUAACAGAAAUGAAAUUCGAGAGAAAUUAUUAAAAGGUUAAGACCAUUUUAUUCUCAACUGUCAAAGAGCAAUUUACGCUUUAAAUUAAUGUACCAACGCAAAUUUCGUUGGUCACAAUCACAAUCAAAAUCAUUAGAAUUUAAUUGA